CUGAAUUGGGCUGCUUGGCUCUGUCAUCAGCCAAGGGGAACAGACGGCCGUCCCCCCUUCCCCUUCCUGCAAAAGAGAAGAGCCGGACACUUCCUGAGGCCAGGGAGCCAGACGCGCCCUGGGCCUCCUGCCAGCUCUGGCCCUGGGGCCACUCACCUGCUGACUUGGGAGGUGUGGCCUGGCUGGACCACAUGGGGAACUUCUUCAGGGUGUUACCUUUUCCCUUGAUCAUCCAACAGUGUUCAGCGGGCACUACCAGUAAAUCAACUCCAACUUCUGUUUUGCUGAUGACCAGCUGGGGAGCGGAGGGUGGAGUGGGGGGCCUAGGGCUCAUGCAUUUGUCUUUUGCUCAUUUGGAGCCACCUCUAAGGACUCCUUGAAGCAGAGCUGGGCCCAGUCUUCUCCCAGGCAGCAGCCCAGCCACAGUCUCUCCGGCCAGUGAUCCCAGUUUCUCUGGAAUACCUUUUCGGUGAAAUACCACUUUUGAGGCCUCCUAUUUCUCUGGAGGACCAGUCCUAUUAGGGUUUAUUUAGCAAUAGCAGAAUGACACCUAAAGAAAGAAGGUACAAAACUCUUCAUAACUGGCUGCUUAUUGAGACUUUCUCUACCAAAGCAAUGAAAGAAGAAACAGGAAAUAAGAAAUCACAGCCUUCUGGAUUUGUCCGUCAGCCAGUCUGCCGGGGAGGAACACAGAGACCUUGUUAUAAAGUCCUUUACUUCCAUGAUGCUUCUCGAAGACUGAACUUUGAGGAAGCCAGAGCAGCCUGCCGGAGGGAUGGGGGCCAGCUAGUCAGCAUUGAGUCUGAAGAUGAACAGAGGCUGAUAGAAAAGUUCAUUGAAAACCUCCUGGCGUCUGAUGGCGAUUUCUGGAUUGGGCUCCGGAGGCGUGAGGAGAAGCAAAGCAACAGCACAGCCUGCCAGGACCUUUACACUUGGAUGGAUGGCAGCAUAUCAACAUUCAGGAACUGGUAUGUGGAUGAGCCUUCCUGUGGCAGCGAGGUCUGCGUAGUCAUGUACCAUCAGCCAUCUGCACCCACCGGCAUCGGGGGCCCCUAUAUGUUCCAGUGGAAUGACGACCGAUGCAACAUGAAGAACAAUUUCAUUUGCAAAUACUCCGAUGGUGAAAGGACAAAUCCAGCCACACCCAUACCUCCAGAAAACACAGAGAAAGAAGAUGUCAAAGAAACAUUUAAAGAAAACAAAGCCCCUUCUUCAUUAAGGGAGAGGAAGGACAAGAAGAGAGAAUAUCUUUCAACUGGAAAAAAAAUAAGCUGCCUGGAACCUUGUCUACCUCCUAGUGCCCGGCAUCCCCCUCUUCCUCCUCCUGCUGGUCACCACAGUUGUCUGCUGGGUUUGGAUCUGGAGGCGGAGGACACGGGAGCAGCCAGACCCCAGCGGGAAGGAGCCGCGCACCAUCUGGCCCUCGCCCGGCCCCGGACACAGCCCGGACCUGGAGGUUUACAGCGUCAUCCGGAAACAAAGCGAAGCCGAUUUGGCCGAGACCCGGCCGGACCUGAAGAACAUUUCAUUCCGAGGGUGCUCGGGAGAAGCCACUCCCGAGGACAUGUCCUGUGGCUCCGACCACAGGGCUGUGAACCCGUCCGAGAGCGGGUUCGUCACCCUGGCCAGCAUGGAGAGCGGCUUUGUGACCAAUGACAUUUAUGAGUUCUCUCCAGACCACCGCCUGGGGAGGAGCAAGGAGUGUGGGUGGGUGGAAAAUGAAAUCUAUGGUUAUUAGGACCCGGGAACGACACGUGAACGGACAAGAAUGGGAAAGAAAGGAGAAGCAACAGCCUCCUAUUCUCUAGAAGGAAAACACUCAGAAGGCCUGGGCUGAGCAUGUGGCCCCAUCACCGCUAUCGCCUCCUUAUCCCAGCCUUGCACCAGCUCUGGCCGGUGAGGAAGCAGCUUGCCCAGGCCGGCCGCAGAGGAGGAAAUCAAUGGCAGUUGAUUGCUUGUAGCAGACCAGCCAGGGACAGCGCUCUCCUGGGCAGGGCCCCCGGGUGGCUGCGGGACUGGGGACACCCAUCUCCAGGACACCCAUCCCCAGGUCUUUUUCCUUCCUCUGGACAACAGCCCUGGUGAUCACCACGGGAUGGGACGGAAAUGACAGAUGAUUUCAAAGCCUCAUGUGCUGGCCUGGGCUGGCCUGCGCACCAGCCAUUCUUGUAUCUGUGUUUUUCAGACUGAAAUCAAAUAAAAAGCAGGAAGCCGAAUGUUA